AUGGGAGAUCCGGGCUGUUUUACUCUUCCCUGUCUCAUUGACAGCAUGUCUGUCAGUCACGCAUUAGCCGAUUUAGGAGCUACCAUAAACCUUAUGCCUUAUAAGGUUUUUGCUAAAUUAGAUCUAGGUGAACCAUCACCCACUAGAAUGAGCAUUCGACUUGCAGAUCGUUCGAUCAAGUAUCCGCGUGGAUUCAUUGAAAACAUGCUUGUUAAAAUCGAUAAAUUCGUUUUUCCCGUGGAUUUUGUUAUUCUCAACAUGGACGAAGAUUCAAAAGUACCAUUAAUACUUGGACGCCCGUUCCUCAAUACUGCAAGGACGAUUGUUGAUGUGGCAGCUGGCCAAAUCACGCUCCGAGUAAAUGACGAGCACGUGACUUUUGAUAUUAAAGGAGCAAUGCAGCAUCCGCAAAGUCACGAUGACAUGCUUUGCUAUGUCGACAUUGUCGAUACUUGUGUAAGCUCUCAUUUCAAAGGCACGAUAGAAGAAAUUGAUAUGUACACACCUCUUUUGUGUGAGAACCAAGACGACAUUUCACAGGAGCAGCUAGUCUGCCAAAUCAAUGAUGAUGGUUCUCAAGGUCCAGAUCAAUUUGUGGAGAUUGACCGUGAAGUUGAAGAAAAGUCCAAACCAUCGGUUGAAGACCCACCGUCGUUGGAGUUAAAAGAACUCCCACCGCAUCUCGAAUAUGCAUUUCUAGACGAGGAAUGUCACUUGCCAGUCAUCAUUUCAGCAUCUUUAGCAAAAGAAGAAAAGAGACAACUCCUCGAAGUUCUAACGCUUCACAAGAAAUCUAUGGCGUGGAAGAUUAUGGAUAUCAAAGGCAUUAACCCUUCUUUUUGUACUCAUAAAAUUCUCAUGGAAGACGAUUAUAAGACUAGUGCACAACAUCAUUUUAAUUUGCAAGACGUUAUGAAGAUGAAGUAA